AUGUCGGAUUCGUUCUUUGGCUUUGACGCGGCCCUGCCCGGUGAAGAAGACGAUGGUGGCGGUGGAGCCAGGCGUGCCAGGGGUUCCGGUGGUGCUGGCGGUGGCGGCGGAGGUCGAAGAGUGCUCGGCGGUGGCAGUGGCAGUGGCGGCGGCCUGGAAACCGACUCCGAGGAGGAGUACGAUGCGCUCAACGAUGAAACGUUUGGCCAAGCACGGCAAGACGAUUGGGAAGAUUUGCACGAAAAUCUAGUGCGAAUGGACCAGCGAGAGGGAGGGGACGGCGACUCAGGGCCGGAUUCCGAUCUGGACAUUAACUUCUCGUCGGUUGGAAUCGAUAAUUUCGAGCUCGACAACGACACGGAACCGGAAGCACGGCUGCAGCUGGAUCCGAGCGUGUGGACCAUGCCGAGCAAACCGGAACCGACACGUUCCGUACCGGCUCCGCAGCCGGAGGCUCCGAUAGCGGCCGCAGGCGCUCCAACGCCAGUGCCAGGCACGGAUCGGUUCGGUGCGUCGAUGGCCCCGAAUAGGUUUCCUCUGCCAAACCCGGGCCAGAUUCGCAUCUGCUCGCUGGAGGAGAUCGAGCAAAACAUGAUCAAGCAGCAGCAGGAACAGUUGCGUCGAGGCAUGACACCUCUGCCGAGGCCACCGCCCGGAUUCCAACCGCCUUCCAGUGCAUCGAACCAACAACCACCGUUGCCGCCACCGGUGGCUAUCGGAGGCCAAGGACCGCCACCGGUGGGAGGACUGAAUCGGCCGCUACCGGUUCCGAUCGGGUUUCCGGUAGGUGGUCCGCCACCAACCGGUGGCCCGAUGUUUCCUCCGACGAACGUACCGCCACCAACGACGGCGGUGCCACCACCUCCGGGGCCACCGUUUCCCUUCCCGAUCAACUUCCAGGGACCGCCCACGAUGCCGCCACCGCCGGCCGGAGCCCCGGGAACUCCAGGGUCAAACAACAACAAUAACAACAAUAACGCCAGUUUCAGCCAGCGGCUCGUCGAGGAGAUCCAGCAAAACCACCCGAUGCUGCCGCACUACCGCCAGCAGCCUCCGCCCGGUCCGCCACCUCCGCUCCCGGGGAUGGGUGUGCCACCCCCGGCGGGGCCGCUCGGUCCGUUGCCACCAGCGCACGGUAACUUUAAGCAUCCAUUUCUACCGUUUCACCCGUUUCCGCCAAACUGGAACCCGCACAACCAGCCCCAUCAUCAUCAUCCGCAGCAGCCACAGCAGGGCGGUCCGGCACCCCAUCACGGUCACCAUGGCCAUCCGGGGCAUCAUCAUUUUCCGCACCAACAGCAUCAUCCGGGACAUCCGCACCAUCAUCCACAGCAGCAGCAACACCAUCACCACCAACACCAGCAACACCACCACCAUCAUCCACAGCAACAGCAGCAGCAGCAGGGUGGCCACCGGCUGCAGAAUGGCAAACUGAACCGUAACUUCGAGUACGACGAGUACGCGAACAUGAUGAGCGAACGGGCCAAGCACUGGCUGCUCGGCAUUCAGCUGUCGCAGCUCAACAAGGAGACGGCGUACUACAACGACUACUACUUCUGCGUGUUCCGCGACCGGAAGGAGCGCGAGCGGGGCGCGCAGCGCGAGAGCAAGGCACACAAGGACAACACGUUCUACCAUCCGUUCACGCAGCAGAUGCUGCACCGGAACGGGCUGAUUCGUGAGCGGCGCAACUCGGACAACAUGUCGUCGAAGGACAACAUCAAGGAGAUUCAGCCGCGUCGCUACAAGCCGGUCCAGUUCGAGAACUCGCUCGGCAAGCUGCAGUGCGGUAGUGUGAUUGCGCCACGUAAAAUUAUCGAUCAGGACGUGGUCGUCGAUCGGUCGGUAUCGGACGGUACCAAUGGAGUGGCUGGCGGUGCCGGUGGUGCUGGCAACGGUAGCUCCGAAACGGUCCACCAUCAGCGCCGCUCGCGCCAAAUACUGUUGCACGUGGAGAACCUGUACCGGUUGCUGUUGCGCCUCGAGGACCUCGCCAAUCCGCUGGCGAUCGAAGCGAAGCAACAGAUGAAGGAGAAGCGCGCUAAAGAGCAGCUGUUGGCGCAGGAAAAGCAAAGCUCUACGGUGCCCGACGAACAGAACAAUGUGGCCGCCACCGCCGGACACGCCGGAUCUGCGGCGCUCGUGACCGUCACGCCGGUGUCGGAGGUCGAACAGGACACGCUGAGUUCGCUACUCGAGAGGAUACUGCCCGCGCUCAAUGCGGAAGGUGUUCAGCGGCUGCUGUCGGUGCGCAAGGGCAAACAGCUGUUGACGCGCAUCCAGAAGGCCCUCAGUGCGCACCCGGCCCGCUGGACCGUCUGGUGUACGGUGCUCAGCACCCUCGUAGCCCUGCCGAGGCGCGAUCGGGACGAUGCGGACGAACAGCUCAGUCCGCUGUUCGCGCAACUGGAGCUACACGUGAAGUACGCUGCCGGUGCUGUGGAACUGUUGCCACUGUUCGAGACGCUCCUCAACACCGAUCAGCUGCUUGGGCUGGUGCCGAAGUGCAAGUUUCUUCUGCUGACCAUCCUCACACUGAUCGCCCAGAUGGAGCAACUGGCCACGGAUGACGACGACGAUGAGGACGACGCCGACGACGGCAAACAGCGGCAGAUCGUGGAGGUUCGCUGGCGGUCGCUGCUACGUGAGCUGGCCCGUGUCUUCGCUAAUGCCGCCACCACGGCAGACACGGAGGGGGGCAACAAAACCGGUACCGGCAGUCCCCCGAAGGUGAUCGUGAAACUUGACUCGACCUGUGGCUUCGUGAAGCUGCUGCGAGCCCAUCUACAGCGACACCCGGAGCUCGAUCUGGAGCGGAAACUGCAAACGAUCGUGUCGAUCGUGGACAGAUCCGAGCCAAUCCAGCAGCAGCAAGGAUCACGACAAUCGGACACGCCGGAUAAGCCGGAGUAAGCUGCGUAAGAGAGUUAUCUUUUACCUUUUCUUGUUUGUUGCGGUUACGGUGGAAGUAGGAUUUGUUCCGCGAUCGCCGACGAUCGCGGUUCAGUUUUGUUGUUGUGGCCAAUCCCCUCCUAUUAUUUUACUCCCCCCCAUUAACGUCGUCAUUUUUUCGUGUUUUUGUGUAAUUUUUUGUCUUUUUUUAUUAUUUUAUAUCCUAUCUUUUCGGUGCCACCCCGUAAGCCUCAGAUACACCACAAUAAUCUAGAGAGAGAGAGAGAGAGAGAGGUUCUCUCUGGACACUCCGCACUGAGAGAUUGUGCGGAGAGAUUGUCGGUUUUAAUCGAUUAAUCAAGGAAUACACGUUUCCCCUCACACGGGGAAAGCCACUGAUAGCAGAGAUAGAGAGAAAGAAUUAACAUUAGCAAAAACCAAUUGUAACUAACUACACAAUAACGGUGGGCCACGGCGCAUCCCGUCGUCGUCGUCACCGUCAUCCAAACAAAUAUGGCAAUCGUGUGUCACCGAGUGCCAGGGCUGGCUGGUGAGCGAGGAACGUAAGGAAUUAUGUUGUAAUCUAUGCCCUUUUAUCAUAACGUAGCUCAACGCAACACUUGACAGAAGACCGCGACCGUGGGCAGUGUUUAAUGUUAUUAGUCUCUUCAUGCAUCUUUUAUUAGAUAACGUUAUUUUUCUGUCUUUAUUUUUGUUUUUUUUUACCUCUUAACCAUUCUGCUGACCCACGACGACACGCGUAAUUAAUCUACACUAUUUGUGCGUGCGCCCCGAAAAGCUGAGCACCCGGGAGGGUAUACAAUUGAAAAUAUUCAUUAUAGUAGAACAAAGUGUAAGUAAAAAGCUGUAUGUGGCGCCCGGCCCCCUCUUGAAAAUUAUGAGAUUUUAGUGGUCUCUGGCAAAAUUGACUCAAAAUAUUAAAGCAUAUUAAUUUAGGUAUUGUUAAAUAAUGGACAUCAAGCGAGAGAGAGAGAGAGAGAGAGGGGGAGUGUGCUUGUGUGUUGUGUGUGCUGUUGCUGCGUCACCGAUGACGAAGUGCGUCCUCUGCAUCCGGUGGUGGCCGGCAGUAGCGUCAACACACGACGCACGAGAGGUUCAUAAGUUAAAAAUAAAAUUAUAAGCACUUAU